UCUUCAUCAUCCAUCACUACACACAUCUCCUCUUGCAAACCAACAAAAAAAACCUAACUAAGAGAUCAAUAUGACUGGAGUGAUGAAGUUGGCAUGCUUGGUCUUGGCCUGCAUGAUUGUGGCCGGUCCAAUGACAGCGAACGCGGCUCUGAGUUGUGGCACCGUUAACGGCAACUUGGCAGGGUGCAUUGGCUACUUGACCCAAGGUGCAGCCCUUACCCAAGGGUGUUGUAAUGGCGUUACUAACCUAAAAAACAUAGCUCGUACAACCCCAGACCGUCAGCAAGCUUGCCGUUGCCUUCAAUCUGCCGCUAGAGCUGUUGGCCGUGGUCUCAACACUGGCCGUGCAGCUGGACUUCCUAGCGCAUGCAAAGUCAAUAUUCCUUACAAAAUCAGCACCAGCACUAACUGCAACACCGUGAGGUGAUGAGCGACAGUCAAAUGAAGCUACUAGCGGAUGUUUCGAAUACUAUAUAAUCGAUGAGAUAAUACUAAAUAAAAUGUUCGAAUGGCU